AAUAAAUAUUAUUUUAAUUUUCUAGAGAUUGAGAGGAGAAGGAGACGGCGACAAUGGCGAAUUUGAUGAUGAGAUUACCAAUUAGCUUGAGAAGCUUCUCUGUUUCAGCUUCUUCAUCUAACGGUUCGCCGCCGGUGAUCGGAGGACCUAGCGGCGGUGUAGGUCCGAUGAUCGUGGAAUUACCGUUGGAUAAGAUACGAAGACCGUUGAUGCGAACAAGAUCCAACGAUCAGAACAAAGUUAAGGAGCUUAUGGAUAGUAUCCGUCAAAUCGGUCUUCAAGUUCCGAUCGAUGUGAUUGAAGUUGAUGGAACUUACUAUGGGUUCUCGGGUUGUCACAGGUACGAGGCGCAUCAGAAGCUAGGGCUUCCAACUAUACGUUGCAAAAUUCGUAAAGGAACAAAGGAAACAUUAAGGCAUCAUCUUCGCUGAGAGAAUUUUAUGAUAGGAACUCGAGAGUGUGUAUGAUAUGAAAGUGGCUAUGUUUAAGUAAAGAAUAAGAACUUUGUACAAUCUUUGUGAUAGAUUUAGUGACUGGAUUCUACAAUCUAUUUGUGCACUAAGUAGCAGAAACAACUGUUCAAAUGAUUUGAUCGUAAAUUGGAUCUUAUGAUGGCCGAGAUGAUCAAGAAAAGGAAGCUGUGUUCUUUAUAUAUA